AUGUCUGUCACACCAAACAUCUUCUGCAUUGGUAACCCAUUGCUCGAUAUCUCUGCUCACACUGAUAUGGCCUUCAUCGAGAAAUACGGUCUCCAGCUUGGUAAUGCUAUCCUCGCUGAGGACAAGCACCUCCCAUUGUAUACAGAGGUCAAGAGCUACAAGGUCGAUUACAUCCCAGGUGGUGCCGCUCAGAACACUGCUCGUGUCGCUCAAUGGAUGUUGAACAAGAAGCAGACUGUUAUGUACUCUGGUUGCGUUGGUAACGACGAGAAUGGUCGUAUUUUGCGUGAGGCUACCGAGGCCAACGGCGUCGUCGUCAAGUACUUGGUCGAUGCUGAGGAGCCCACCGGAGCCUGCGCCGUGCUGAUCAACAACGCCGAGCGUUGUCUCACCACCAACCUGGGCGCUGCCAACAAGUUCAAGAUCGCUCACCUGGAGAGCAGCGAGAUGACUGGAUACAUCAACAGCACACAAUACUUCUACCUGGUCGGCUACUUCAUGACCGUGUCGCCAGAGUCUGCCAUGAUGCUGGCCAAGCACGCCGCCGACAACAACAAGACCUUCCUGUACGGUCUGGCCGCACCAUUCCUCAUCGAGGUCGACUUCUUCUUUGAGCGCGUCAAGGCUUUGAUCCCCUACGUCGACUACCUCUUUGCCAACGAGUCAGAGGCCGCAUGCAUCGGCAAGAAGAUGGGCUGGGGCGAGAGUUUGCCAGUGAUCGCCGAGAAGCUCUCCCAAUGGGAGAAGGUCAACAACAACCGCUCGAGAACUAUCAUCUUCACUCAGGGUCCACAGAGCACCCUGGUCUACCAGAAUGGCCAGCUGACCGAGUACAAGCCAAUUCCACUUGGUGCCGACAAGAUCGUCGACCUGAACGCCGCCGGAGACUCCUUCUGCGGUGGUUUCCUGGCCGCCCUCUCCCUUGGCAAGCCAAUUGCCGAGUGUGUCGCCGCCGCUCACUAUGCUGCCAGCGAGAUCAUCCAACAAAACGGAUGUACUCUUCCAACUGUCCGCGCUCUCAACUUGGAGUAA